GGAUACUAUUGAAAUAACGGCAUGCGAUGCCAUGUUUGCAUUGCGAGCAUACAUCAUGUGGAAUGGUAGCAAGGCAAUUCUUGUCGCAUUGAGUGGUCUAAUUUCUGCAUCAUUUAUCACGGCCCUCGCCCUGCUAAUGCUAAUCAUGCCAAGCGUAGAGUUUGCUCAAUUUGGUACAUCCGUAAUGCCCGGAUGCAUCAAGAUUGGGGCUUCAUCAGUAGUGUGUAUCGUGUACGCCAUCGUGAUUGUGAUUGAGUUGGCACUACUCAUCCUGACCAUUGCUCGCAUCAAAAAGAGCUCUCGGAAAGCAAAAUCGGGAAUACUCGCAACAAUGAUACGUGACGGGAUAGUGUACGGUCUCUGCAUGUUCCGGUCUAUCAUGGUAUCAGCGUCCGUUGUCCCGAAGACUGAUAAGGAUGACUCACCGUACAAACCUACUGAGACAAGUCACAGCGUUGGUUUCCGUUGCAGCUACUACGCAAAAUUACUCGCGGUACUGUUUGAGUUGUCGAUCUCACAGAUGGGACACCGGACUUUCCCUUCUCUCAUGGCAUUACAGACAUUUCACAGUCUUCGCACACAUCAGUUACAUUAUUCACGUUCAAGCUCUAGAGCAGAUUUAAUAGUGUUCGCCCAUAAUGGACCCAUAGAUUGCAGCAAUGUUUCCAUGGAAUACCAUGAUGUAAACAUCACGCUAGGCUCUGCUGAAGAUGAUAAGGAAUAUUGUAACUAUUUGUGCUUUGCUAUUGCACGUGGCUCUGCCCUCGGCACCGUGUUGCAAAAACUAAAGUUUGUGCGCCAACUGUUUGACAACAACCUAGAAAUCAACAGUACCAGUCGUGCAUGGGUACCACGAGGAGCGCCAAAUCUGUGCGCCAAUGAGCUGGUAGACGCGAUAAAGAACACACACUAUAGUAUAGAACACAUCAAAUGUAUGCGUCCGGGACUUGAGUGCAAUGCAGACCGCGCGAUGAGCAACGUCGAUAUCUCCAACUUCCUCCAGAAUCGGAUUUGGCCCCGUACUUGGCGCGGAUACGACAAGAUAAUCGGUGUAGUACUGGAUGACGUGCUAGUGCUUGCGCACCUGUUUCAAACAUAUGAUGGCGUGUCAGUACCAGCAAUACAUAGCCAUGGGAUAGAUGUCCGCGGAUGGGUGCCCACAGUGACAAUGUCGCGGAAUUGGCCUGUCUGCUCUGAUCAGCUGUCGGCUAUGCUGGAGACUUUGCAAUUGAGCACGAUAGCAGGAACUUCACGCCAUUAUCAUCCAACCCUCAUGGAGCAGCUACAUCAAGCUGCGACAGGCGAGCAAACCUUGAACGUCUAUGACCUUUUGAUCAACGUCUCUGAAGAGAUUGAGUAUUUGUGGAUGUCGCAUGAAUUUGGCCUCGGAAAAUUGCUGUUUGUUUUUACCCGCUACCUCCCAGUCAUUUCCCUUCCUCUGGCUCUUUCAACCCAGUUUGCUCCGAUAUCCAGCAGCGAUGUAUGUUCAUCUAUCAUGUCUGCUGUCACGGUAUUUCAGGUCGCAGAGGUCGCCGUGUCCGAAUAUCUGUUUAUGCUCAGAACAUACAUUCUCUGGAACUGUGGCAAGGUUGCAUUUUUUGUACUUGGAUCGCUCGCUAUAUCAGCAUCUGUCUCGGUCAUAGCCAUCCUCAUUCUCUUUGUCCCCACCGAGGAAUGUUGGGAUGGUAGUUUUAACGCUUGCUAUAACUCAAAGAAAUCGGCUUUACAGUGA